CUGCUUUGGAGGCCCAGGCUCAAGGCAAAUUAUAAGUAGGGAACCAAUCUGAGGGAAAGACAUGUGAACAGCGUUAAGGUACCAGGUCCUGGGAGUGACCAGCAGCCCCACCUGAAGUCCGCCUGCAACUCUGACAAGUUCAGGUGCUUGUUUUAAGGAAAGGGGCUACUAGAUUCUUACCAACAGGGAGCCCAGGUAGGAGAUGAAACAAGGACUCCCCAGAAUAGGUCAUCAGAGGGAGGAAAACUGAUGGAGAGCACAAUAUGCUCUGAGCGUUUUUAAUGUUUUUAAGCUUUUAAAUGAUUUCUUCAAGGCCGAGCAGCAGCAGCAAAGGUGUGGUUUAAUGGAUUAAGAGGGUUUUUGCUGACACCUAGAAUGAAGUUACUCUAUCACUAAUCAAGCCGAGAGAAGGCCCACUAUGCCCCCGUUUAUCAUCCUUUCCCAGUUCCUUUUUGCUGGUCACAAAACGAUGCUCAUCAAUCCCACCUAAAGCAGGAGGCCGGGAGCCCAGCCUCUUGCAGAAACAGCGAGGGUAUAACUGCCCUCCAGUUCUGCCCCCAAGACGACGAGGACUCUUGGAAGCCAAGAAAGGUUUCAGAAGUCUUUCUGGAUAGAGAGCAGUGCCCAGGGAGGAAGCCCUUCGCCGGCAGAGCGAGGUCCGAGGACGAGCUGGGGAGGACAGAGGCGCGAUGGGCCUGCUGCAGGGCCUGCUCCGAGCCCGGAAGCUGCUGCUGGUCGUCUGCGUCCCGCUCCUGCUGCUGCCUCUGCCCGUCCUCCACCCCAGCAGCGAGGCCUCGUGUGCUUACGUGCUGAUCGUGACUGCUGUGUACUGGGUGUCGGAGGCAGUGCCUCUGGGAGCUGCAGCCCUGGUGCCGGCCUUCCUCUACCCGUUCUUCGGAGUCCUCCGAUCCAAUGAGGUGGCGGCGGAGUACUUCAAGAACACCACGCUGCUGCUGGUGGGGGUCAUCUGCGUGGCGGCUGCCGUGGAGAAGUGGAACCUGCAUAAGCGCAUCGCCCUGCGCAUGGUCUUGAUGGCGGGAGCCAAGCCGGGCAUGCUGCUGCUCUGCUUCAUGUGCUGUACCACGUUGCUGUCCAUGUGGCUGUCCAACACCUCCACCACCGCCAUGGUGAUGCCCAUCGUGGAGGCCGUGCUGCAGGAGCUGGUCAGUGCUGAGGACGAGCAGCUUGUGGCGGGCAACUCCAACACCGAAGAGGCCGAACCCAUCAGUCUGGAUGUAAAGAACAGCCAACCUUCUCUGGAACUCGUCUUUGUCAAUGAAGACAGGUCCACCGCAGACCUCACCACUCUGAUGCACAAUGAGAACCUGAAUGGUGUGCCUUCGAGCACCAACCCCAUCAAAACUGCAAACCAACACCAGGGCAAGAAGCAACACUCAUCCCAGGAAAAGCCACAAGUCCUGACCCCCAGCCCCAGGAAGCAGAAGCUGAACAGAAAGUACAGGUCCCACCAUGACCAGAUGAUCUGCAAGUGCCUCUCCCUGAGCAUAUCCUACUCUGCUACCAUUGGCGGCCUGACCACCAUUAUCGGCACCUCCACCAGCCUUAUCUUCCUGGAACACUUCAACAACCAGUAUCCAGCCGCAGAGGUGGUGAACUUUGGCACCUGGUUCCUCUUCAGCUUCCCCAUAUCCCUCAUCAUGCUGGUGGUCAGCUGGUUCUGGAUGCACUGGCUGUUCCUAGGCUGCAAUUUUAAAGAGACCUGCUCUCUGAGCAAGAAGAAGAAGACCAAAAGGGAACAGUUGUCAGAGAAGAGGAUCCAAGAAGAGUAUGAAAAGCUAGGAGACAUUAGCUACCCUGAAAUGGUGACUGGAUUUUUCUUCAUCCUGAUGACCGUACUGUGGUUUACCCGGGAGCCUGGCUUUGUCCCUGGCUGGGAUUCUUUCUUUGAAAAGAAAGGCUACCGCACUGAUGCCACAGUCUCUGUCUUCCUUGGCUUCCUCCUCUUCCUUAUUCCAGCGAAGAAACCCUGCUUUGGGAAAAAGAAUGAUGGAGAGAACCGGGAGCACUCACUGGGGACCGAACCCAUCAUCACUUGGAAGGACUUCCAGAAGACCAUGCCCUGGGAGAUUGUCAUUCUGGUGGGGGGAGGCUAUGCUCUGGCUUCUGGUAGCAAGAGCUCUGGCCUCUCUACAUGGAUAGGGAACCAGAUGUUGUCCCUGAGCAGCCUCCCGCCAUGGGCUGUCACCCUGCUGGCAUGCAUCCUUGUGUCCAUUGUCACUGAGUUUGUGAGCAACCCAGCAACCAUCACCAUCUUCCUGCCCAUCCUGUGCAGCCUGUCUGAAACGCUGCACAUUAACCCCCUCUACACCCUGAUCCCAGUCACCAUGUGCAUCUCCUUUGCAGUGAUGCUGCCUGUGGGCAAUCCCCCUAAUGCCAUCGUCUUCAGCUAUGGGCACUGCCAGAUCAAAGAUAUGGUGAAAGCUGGCCUGGGAGUCAACGUUAUUGGAUUGGUGAUAGUAAUGGUAGCCAUCAACACCUGGGGAGUUAGCCUCUUCCACCUGGACACUUACCCAGUAUGGGCGAGGGUCAGCAACAUCACUGAUCAAGCCUAAUGCAAGUACACAAACUGGCCCAACCACAGGAGCUGCCAGUACCCAGCAGAAUCUGGACCACAGGCAAAGAAAACCACUGGGACCAGCAGGAGCACACAACCCCAGACCCACGCCAGAGGGCAUCCCUCCAACAGAAGAUUCCACCACCUCAAGUGACCUGCAGGAAUCCUCCAACAACCACAAACACAUGCUUAGCUGUUAGUGUCUUCUUCUCGCCCUCAGCACCACAGCUCAAGAAAACCUAAAGUUUCAAUACAAGCCAUAGGCUCACAGAAAAAGAAAAUAAAAAUUAAGUUAAAAAAAAGAAGACAAAGAAAA